ACAAGUAAACGUAUUUAAAUUAAAAAUGUAUUAACUAAAUUUCAGUAAAUUCACUAAUUACAUACAAGAUUUCUUAUUACACAUUAACUUACUCACUUUCCAUUUAAUUAUUUCAUUAUGAUCUUAUCUGUACCUACCAACAAUGGGUAAAAACGAAGAAAUUACGAGAAACAGAUCGAAAAGUGAGGUUAAAAUCUGUAAAAAAUAAACAAUAAUAGAACGAAAUUUAAUAAUGAACAAACAUGAACGCGAGGACGACGAAAAUUUUUUAUUGGACGACGAAAAUACCUUUCGGAAAAGCCACGAGACGCGGCAGAAUUUCAAUAGGGGCACGGGGGCUUCGAAUUGGGGUCAGGACUUUAACAGAAAUUACUUCGAUGUAGAAAACAGUUCAUCAGAGAUGGCUAUCAUUGGGGACCAUGACGACAAUUCAGAAGAUUCACCAUUAUUAAUAGACGAUUUUUACGAAAAUUCCGUAGAAGCAGAUUUCCACUGUCACCAUUCCUUAACAUCACAAGAAGAUCCGAAUGCUUGGAAGAAAUUGAGCAGUGCAGCCGUAUUCUGCGGUUUGUUUAUGAUUGGCGAAUUUAUAGGCGGUUAUAUAGCCGGUAGUUUAGCGGUAAUGACCGAUGCAGCCCAUUUGUUCUCUGACCUAAUAGGAUUUAUAAUUUCAUUAUUAGCUAUAUGGGUGGGAAAGAAACCACCGACGAAGAAUAUGACCUUCGGGUUUUACAGGAGCGAAGUUGUCGGUGCUGUUCUUAGCGUUUUAACGAUAUGGUUAUUGGCGGCUGUUUUAUCUGCUUUGGCUAUUCAUAGACUGUACCAUCAAGAUUAUGCUAUAAAUGCGGAUACUAUGAUAGCAGUGUCUUCGUUAGGAUUGGCUGUAAAUAUCGUUAUGGGUGCUAUCCUGCACGGUGUGUGCCACACGCACUCGCACGGUUUGAGCCAACACCAACACAGCCACUCAUCGUCGAAUAUAAACGUUAGAGCAGCCGCCGUGCACGUUUUGGGUGAUCUCAUUCAAAGCGCCGGCGUCCUGACGGCCGCUAUUAUUAUUAAAUUCGCUCCGAGCGCCAAAAUCGCCGAUCCGAUAUGUACUCUAAUUUUCUCGGUGAUCGUGAUUUGUACGACUGUGAAAGUAGCGAAGGAUUCGUUGUGGUUUCUGCUCCAAGGCAGCACCGUUGAUACUGUAAAACUCAAACUCGAUAUACAGAAAAUUGCCGGUGUAAAACACAUACACAGUUUACACGCCUGGGCUUUGUCGCCUGGAAAGAACGUGGUCACUGUACAUUUGGCUGUUGAUCAAUACUGUGAUAGAGAUCUCUUACUCAGGAAAACCACGUCUACAAUACAAAGCCAAAUAUCAGUUAUAAGUUGUACUAUACAAAUUGAAGCCUAUAAUCAGGAGUUGAUAAGUUUAUGUAAUGAAUGUCAGAACCUUCAAUGGUGAUUGAAAUUUAGUUAAUUUGGUCAUUAAACAUGUUAAAUAAUGUUCCUGGAUUAUUUUUGUUUCAGUAUUUUAGGUUUUAUUUAUGGUAGACUGUUGAUUAAUGUAUUAGUAUUUGUUGAUUAGUGUUACUGUAUGAAAUUGUUUUCUACUUCAUCGUAUAUCGUUUGUAAUAGUAAAAAGUAAAAAGUGAGUGCCUUUUGUACAAGUUUGGAAUGUAAAAUUAAACUUCUUAAUCGAC